GACGUCUUGGUGUGUGGACGCUUCAAUACGUUUUCCGUUUCGUUCAACUUGGCUUAUUUAUCGUAGUGGUUUGGCGAAAAAGUUUAUAUCAUCUGUGUUCUGAAGAAAUUUAACACUAGCACGUUGUUGUCGUUGUCACCGUCGCAGUUGUGGUGUCUGCAGACGUAAUUGUCGUUUAUUCUGGCCUCAAAAUAGGGGCACGGUGUGGGUGGAUGUGCAAGUAGUGUUUAAUUGUAGCCUACAAGUUUGUUUAAAACACACGCUCGUCAGCGGCGCUUUCAAUUUCAUUGUGCUUAGCUUGCGACGGUUGUUCGUCCGCAAUACGUACUCGCACAUAAAAUGUUGUGGUGACCUAUCAACUUCCGUACAAGCUUAAGUCGCUAAAUCAAGGUGUAUCGCGAUUUAUAAGCUAUUUUACUUGUGAACUAAGUGGAUUUCGAUCAUGUGCACCAUAUACCCAGCUGCAGUAAUUCGUUUCUUUGUUUAGUUCCGGAUUCGUGAGGAUUUUCGGCAAACAUGACAAUAUGACAGCAAAACGCGACAAGGAUUAUGCUAAAAGUAAAACAUCAACUGGAACGGGAUUUUCUGCGUCAUCAUCAACAGGAGCAGUAAAAUCAAUAGGCCUAGUCACAUCAUCGCAAAAUGUAACAUCAUCUCAGGACAGCACGAAACGAACAAACAAGCCACUUAUGGAAAAGCGACGUCGUGCCCGUAUCAAUCAAAGUUUGGCCAUACUAAAGGCUCUCAUAUUGGAGUCGACGAAGAAUCAGGCAAAAACAACCGAUGGUCAAACAAAACACACCAAAUUGGAAAAGGCAGAUAUAUUAGAGCUUACUGUGCGUCACUUUCAACGGCAUCGCAAUCUUGAUGAUCCAACUAUUAACAAAUACAGAGCUGGGUAUACGGACUGUGCUAGAGAGGUGGCACGUUACUUGGCCACACCUGAACCCCCACCGCUCGGAAAUAUUCCUUCCUUGUCUGAGCCAGGAUCCAAAGCACGUCUUCUAAGACAUUUGGAUCAAUGCAUAGCAGAAAUAGACAUUGAGAUAUGCCCCCACUCUAACGCAACCUAUGCCGACAGUCCAUCCAGUAGUUGUUAUGAUAUCAACUCGGCAACAAAAAAGACUCAAGCGGACGACAAUUCAGUGGAUUACAGCAGCCAAGACUCGAAUCCCCUAGACUUUAGUAAAGCCACCUCAAAUGUUUUAGCAUCCAAAGCAACGUUUGUUAGUCCCGCUGGUACACCAGUUGCACACUCUACAAAUUCUCCGUGCUCAGAGCGUCUAAGUUCUCAAGAUGAGAACAAUAACCCCGAUGUUGCUCAGGGUAGCUCAGGAUCGAGCAGAAGUGAAGGAAAUAUUCGGCCAUUAAUUUCUGGUGCUGACAUACCAAAUAUAAUGGACAUUAACGCUGUUCAGAGUUUUGAAGAACGCAGUAAACUCUGCUCAAAUGUGUUGGAAACAUACAAACAUCUAAAAGUCAAUGAUCCAACGGGGAUUCUGGUGCUUCCGCCACAUUAUGUCCAAUUAGCAGCUGCGCUGGGUUUAAACACACAUCCCGUUAUGGAUGCCAUCACCACGCGGACGGACUUUGAACGGCUCAUCGAGAUGAAUCACGUGCCGCCGUUGCCAGCUCAAAUUGCCAGCAAACUUAGCACUUAUGGAGCCCUUCCCGGCGCUUUGGAAGCGGCUCAUGCUGCUGCUGCUUAUGCAGCUACGACGUUGGUAGCGAAGGAAAAUGGAUUAACAACAUGUAGUGCUUCCUCGUUGAUAACUGCAAGCCUCAAUGCUGAGCGUCCUGCCUCUGUACUCUCAAAUGCAACUUCCGUUGCAUCCACCUCUGUCAGCUCUAUGACUUCAACAGAUUCGCAAAAAACAGGGCAGCAGCAAAAUCAGUCCUUACGCCUAGAAGCUGGCGCAGCACCAACAGAAGUUGGGCAACUAGGCCUGGUUGGCAAUCCAUUAUCGGCAAGCCUCGCCGUCGCAGCAGCCGCACAUCAGCAGUUGCAACUGUUACGCCCCAAUGAGGCCCUUGCACGACAAGAGCAACAGCCACAGGACGAAAAUAUGUGGAGGCCGUGGUGAGGCGUAUAUCCAUUCACUUUAGGCCCGUUGUAUUUUAAUAAGCUUAAAGCACGUGACAUUGUAAAUACCAAAGAUUUAUUUAUAUACUUAUGUAUGUAUCCUAGUUAUGCAUUAAAACGUUACCUACACAGUAAUAAGUUAUUGCCAAUUGAAA